GCUCCUGUGCUGAGGCGCUGCACUGGUCCCAUCGUUGCCUUGUGACCACCAACCCGACACCCCGCUUCGAAUUCACCUCUUCGGCACCAUGACAGUAGCGCACGACUUGACCCGCCGGAGGUCCGCACAGGCCAUCAGCGGGCUGGCCCUCGAGGACCGGUUCGAGGUGUUGAAGGAGAUUGGCGACGGGAGCUUCGGCAGCGUGGUGCUCGCUCGGGUGCGGAGUGCCGGCGCCAAUGUCGCUCGCCGUGGCACGGUGGUCGCUAUCAAGACAAUGAAGAAGACCUUCGACUCGUUCUCGGCUUGCCUGGAAUUGAGGGAAGUUGUCUUCCUCCGGACAUUACCGGCCCAUGCUCACCUCGUGCCGGCGCUCGACAUCUUCCUCGACCCUUUCAGCAAGAAGCUUCACAUCUGCAUGGAGUACAUGGAAGGAAAUCUGUAUCAACUAAUGAAGGCGCGGGAUCACAAGUGCCUUGACAAUGCCAGUGUCAAGAGCAUCCUCUUCCAGAUCAUGCAAGGCCUCGAACACAUCCACGCCCACAACUUCUUCCACCGCGAUAUUAAGCCCGAGAACAUCCUCGUCUCGACAUCAUCCCAUUCCGACUACAGCAACUCGUUCAGGCGGUACUCGGCAUUGGUCACUCCGCCCUCAACGCCACCCACAUACACCGUCAAGAUCGCCGACUUCGGCCUGGCGCGAGAGACGCAUUCGAAACUUCCAUACACGACCUAUGUAUCGACACGGUGGUAUCGUGCGCCAGAGGUACUCCUGAGGGCUGGCGAGUACUCUUCACCGGUCGACAUCUGGGCGGUCGGCGCCAUGGCUGUCGAGGUCGCCACGUUGAAGCCUCUGUUCCCCGGCGGAAAUGAGGUCGACCAGGUGUGGCGGGUCUGCGAGAUUAUGGGAAGCCCUGGAUUCUGGACCAGCAAGGCCGGCGAGCCAGUCGGUGGUGGAGAAUGGAGGGAAGGGACCCGCCUCGCUGGCAAACUCGGAUUCUCGUUCCCCAAGAUGGCGCCGCACUCGAUGGAUACGAUUCUGCCUGCUCCGCAAUGGCCUGCGUCGCUCGCUCGCUUCGUCACUUGGUGCCUCAUGUGGGACCCCAAGAACCGGCCGACAUCAACACAGGCGCUUGCGCACGAGUACUUCGCCGACGCUGUCGACCCACUGCGGCCGAAAUCAUCGGCCUCCAAGAUCCUGGGCCGAAAGCAAUCCGACGUUGGCCGGGGGAAGGAGUCUGCUACCCCCACACCGACCUCAUCAAAGCCAUCGUGGUUCAGAAAGUCCCUGAUUGGACGGUCGGAGAGCGUCGAGGUUAUCGCUGUUGCACCGCAGCCCGUCGCCGCCAAGGAAAACGUUGCUCCCCGUCCCGCGCCAGUUAUCCCGUCUGACGCUCCGGCACCGAAGCCGCGAGCGACCGCCGCGAAGCGGGCUACCUGGAACAACGGGCCAUCAAAUGGCGCGCCCAUGCCAAUUCUUCCCACUAUUCGCCCCAUCUCCCCGCUCUCCGACGCUGUUACUGUUCAAGGGAACAGCAGAACGCCGUCGCACCACGAUGUUUAUGCCCACGGUGGCUCCAGGGUUCCUCCGGUCGAGGAGAAGGGCUCGAAGAAGAUCGGGCGGCAACUGUCAGUGAACUCGAGUACGAAUCACUACACCGAGCUGCACAGGCAGCAAGCAGAGCGGGCGCUCAACGGCAAUUCGGGCCUCGCCUCGCCGACGAGCGUCAAGGAGAGCUUCUUUUCUCACCUACGCAAGCGGGCAAGGAGAUUUUCUGGGAGGCACCAGACACCCAUCUCACCGAGCUACGAUGACCUCGAGGCCCAAGCCGGUUGCGGGCCGUGGGGGAGUAACAGGUCCUCCAUGGUCAUUGACAGCCAGCCGCCUGUGCCGGUCCCAAAGGAUAUGUACGAUUCACUGGACAAGAAACUGCGUGACGCGCCGCAGGUGUCCGAGGUCCCGCCCGCGCCACCAGCUCACCAUGUGACGCCGAGCAGCCAGCUGAAGCGCCACCACUCGCUCCCGCAUCAUGAACCUCGCUCGAUCGACAACCUGAUGCUGGCUGCUCGUGGCUCGGGCCCCGCGUCAGGCCGGACACGGAGGGCACAGGCGGCCCAGGGCGUCAACCAAUACGAUGCCCCCGAUGAGGAGGACGAGCUGCUGGAUGAGGUCCUGAUCUCGACCCACCGCGCCAUGAAGCGCCUCGAGAAGGAGGAGCAGCCGCUGAGGCAAGCAGCCAGCAACAUGGGGCUGGCCAACCCGUACCCGACGCCGUCCCCGUCUGCGGGCGGCAACGUGAUGCUCUUUGGCGAUGGGAAGGAGGCUGUGACGCCGAAGCCGCUGAACUUGAACAAAAAGACGGAGGAGUACAAGUGGCCUACACCUCCAUACGACGAGGGCGACUGGGCCGCGUCGGCAUCGGCGAGCAUCUGGGCGGCAGGCAACCGCUUCUAAACACGCACUCGGCUCGGCGGCGGACUUGUCCUACCGCGAUCCUUCAUCCUUCUCUCUCGCUCGUCUUCUUUCUCACACACAAAAGUCUUGUUCCUGGCUCGGGCUCAUGGGACGGUGUUGGGGCCUGUUCUCGCUUUUUCUGGGUGGCAUCAUCAUACACUAUCGGUCGCAUCGCUCAUUGUUCGGUUAUCUUGAAUCGGUUCUUGGUUUCUUGGAGGUGUCUGUCGGAAAACACACGCGUUUCUACCCUUCUUCCCUUCUUUUUUUUGUUGCUCUUCGCUCCUCCACACAC